AUUCCCCCCGCCUCGCCCGGGCACGCCGCAACCGCCGGGCGCCGCUCGGAGAGGCGCCGAGGAUGCCCCGGCCCGGCGCGUUGCUCUGCGCCGUUCUCCCGCUGCUGCUCCUCAGCCCCGCGCCGGGCUCCGGUCAGGCAGUGUGCGCAGGGACGCUGAACGGCCUGAGCGUGACAGGCGACGCGCAGCACCAGUACCGAACGCUGCACAAGAUGUACAACAACUGCGAGAUCGUGAUGGGCAACCUGGAGAUCGUCCUCAUCGACCACACACAGGACCUUUCCUUCCUGCAGACCAUCCGGGAGGUGACGGGUUACAUCCUGAUCGCCAUGAACGUUUUCUCCACGCUGCCUCUGCGCAACCUGCGCGUCAUCCGCGGGACGCAGUUCUACGAGGAGAAAUACGCGCUCUUCGUGCUGCUCAACUACAACCCCAACACCACGCACGCGCUGCGCCAGCUGGGCCUCAACCGCCUCACAGAGAUCCUGGCGGGCGGAGUUUACAUCGAGAAGAACGAGCAGCUGUGCCACGUGGACACGGUGGAGUGGAGGGACAUCAUGCGGGACCCCCGGCUGGAGCCCGUGGUGGGGGACAACGGCAGAGCGUGCGCCCCGUGCCACGAGAGCUGCGGUGGGCACUGCUGGGGGCCGGGACCCGAUGAUUGCCAGCAGUUGACGAAGACCAUCUGUGCGCCGCAGUGCAAUGGGCGCUGCUUCGGGCGGGCGCCCAACGAGUGCUGCCAUGAGGAGUGCGCGGGGGGCUGCACCGGACCCCUGCAGACCCACUGCUUCGCCUGCCGACACUUCAAUGACAGCGGUGCCUGCGUCCCGCUGUGCCCUCAGCCGCUCAUCUACAACAAGCUGACCUUCCAGCUGGAGCCCAACCCCGACACCAAGUACCAAUAUGGCAGCGUCUGCGUGCGGAGCUGCCCCCAUAACUUCGUGGUGGAUCAGAGCUCCUGCGUGCGCGCCUGCCCCAGCAGCAAGAUGGAAGUGGAGAAGAACGGGCUGAAGAUGUGCGAGCCGUGCGCCGGGCUGUGCCCCAAAGCCUGUGAGGGCACCGGCGCCGGCAGCCAUUACCAAACGGUGGAUUCCAGCAACAUCGACAGCUUUGUGAACUGCACCAAGAUCCUGGGCAACCUGGACUUCCUCAUCACCGGCCUGGAGGGGGACCCCUGGCGCAACAUCUCAGCGCUGGACCCUGAGAAGCUGAACGUGUUCCGCACGGUGCGGGAGAUCACAGGGUACCUCAACAUCCAGUCCUGGCCGAAGCACAUGCACAACUUCAGCGUCUUCUCCAACCUGGAGACCAUCGGCGGGCGCAGUCUGUACAACCGGGGUUUCUCCCUCCUCAUCAUGAAAAACGACAACGUGACGUCGCUGGGGCUGCGUUCGCUGCGGGAGGUGAGCGCGGGUCGGGUUUACAUCACGGAGAACCGGCGGCUGUGCUACCUGCACACGGUGCAGUGGGCAGCGCUGUCCCGGCGCCGCGCCGACCUCGACAUCCGCAACAACAAACCGCGCGGCAAAUGCCAGCAAGAGGGGAAGGUGUGCGACCCGCUGUGCUCUGCUGACGGCUGCUGGGGGCCCGGCCCCGCGCAGUGCCUGUCCUGCCGACACUACAGCCGGCGCGGGGUCUGCGUGGAGUCCUGCAGCUUCACCCAGGGUGAGACGCGGGAGUUCGCCGAAGGGACCGAAUGCUUCGAGUGCCACCCGGAGUGCGAGCGCGUGGAGGGCGGCGUCACCUGCAACGGCUCAGGCGCUGACACCUGCACCCGCUGUGCCCACUAUCGUGACGGACCCCACUGCGUGGAGCGCUGCCCCGAAGGCAUCCUGGGCGAGCGCGGCCCCAUCUACAAAUACCCAGACAGCAGCCGGGAGUGCAGGCCCUGCCAUGAGAACUGCACCCGUGGGUGCACAGGGCCAUUGCUGCGGGACUGUCUGGGGGACGCGCUGCCCAGUGCCAGGAGAGCCCCCACAGUGAUCGCAGUGCUGGUGGUCGGGGGGCUCUUCCUCUCCUGCUCCUGCGUCCUGCUCUCCCUGCUUUAUUGGCGCGGCAAGAAGAUCCAGAAGAAGCGGGCAAUGCGGCGCUACUUGGAGCGGGGUGAGAGCCUGGAGCCGCUGGACCCCAGUGAGAAGGCCAACAAGGUGCUGGCUCGCAUCUUCAAGGAGACGGAGCUGAAGCGGCUGAAGGUGUUGGGCUCGGGCGUCUUUGGCACCGUGCACAAGGGCAUCUGGAUCCCGGACGGCGACUCCAUCAAGAUCCCAGUGAGCAUCAAGGUGAUCCAGGACUGGAGCGGGCAGCAGUCCUUCCAUGCCGUCACCGACCACAUGCUGGCCAUCGGCAGCCUGGACCACGCUUACAUCGUACGGCUGCUGGGCAUCUGCCCCGGCCCCCAGCUGCAGUUGGUGACGCAGCUGCUGCCGCUGGGCUCCCUGCUCGACUACGUGCGCAAGAACCGCGGCAGCAUCAGCCCUCAGCUGCUGCUCAACUGGUGCGUGCAGGUGGCCAAGGGCAUGUAUUACCUGGAGGAGCACCGCAUGGUGCACCGCAACCUGGCGGCGCGCAACGUGCUGCUCAAGUCGCCCAGCCAGGCGCAGGUGGCCGAUUUUGGCAUCGCUGAUCUGCUGUACCCCGACGACAAGAAGUAUUUCUACAACGAGGUCAAGACACCCAUUAAGUGGAUGGCACUGGAGAGCAUCCAUUUUGGGAAGUACACGCACCAGAGUGACGUGUGGAGCUACGGAGUGACGCUGUGGGAGAUGAUGACCUUUGGGGCUGAGCCGUACGCCGGGAUUCGCUUGCCAGAGGUUCCCGACCUGCUGGAGAAGGGCGAGCGGCUCCCGCAGCCCCACAUCUGCACCAUCGACGUCUACAUGGUGAUGGUGAAAUGCUGGAUGAUCGACGAGAACAUCCGCCCCACCUUCAAGGAGCUGGCCAACGAGUUCACCCGCAUGGCGCGGGACCCCCCCCGCUACCUGGUCAUCAAGGAAAGCGGGGCCGUGCCGCCCGCUGAGCCCCCCACCCUGAGCGACAAAGAGCUGGAUGAGAUGGAGACGCUGGAGCUGGAGGAGGAGGAGCUGGAUGUGUCCUUCGGCCUCUGCCCCCCGCGGCCACGAGGCAGCUGCACUCGGAGUCCCAGCCUGCUGAGCCCUCCAGCUGGAUACAUCCCCAUGAACCAGCCCGGCCUCAGCAGCCGCCAGGGCACUGGGACGCGUCCGCCGCGCCGCAGCCGCCAGGAGUCUGUGGGGCGGACGGUGUCGGAGUCAUCGGAGGGCCGGGGCACGGCCUCAGAGCUGGACCUGGCCGAGGGGCUGUCGCUGUCGGGAAGCCUCUGCCGCAGCCUGCGCUCACGGGGGGACAGCGCUUACCUGUCCCAGAGGGAGAGCUUCCCCCCCCCGCCCCCCAGCUCAGAGGGCAGCGAGGAGGACGCCAAUGGCUACGUCACACCCAGCUGCGCCGGACGGGAACCAGAGCCCACGGGGGGCUCAGUACCGGAGCUGGAGGAGGAGUACGAGUACAUGAACCGGCAGCCUGGCGCCCCGCUGCAAGCCCCCCCACCGCGGCCAGCCUCGCUGGAGGAGCUGGGCUACGAAUACAUGGAAGUGGGCUCCGAGCUGGGCAGCCCCGCAGGGCCCUCCCCGGGCCGUGGGGAGGAGGAGGAGGACUACGAGUACAUGAACAAGCAGCCGCGGCUGAGCCGCUCGCUGGGCAACGUGGUGGGGGGGCCGGGACCCCGGCACGAGGGCUGCCCCCCCCGGCACGACGGCUACACCGACAUGCGGCCUGGGGAGCCCCCCCCGGCCCCAGCCGAGGAGCAGGGCUACGAGGAGAUGGAGGCGGUGCUGGCCCCCCGUGGCCCUCCCUGCCCUGGCUGCCGCAGCCCCCCCGGACCCCCCCCAGCCUGCAUGAAGCCCCUGCGCAGCCUGGAGGCCUCGGACUGUGCCUUCGACAACCCCGACUACUGGCACAGCCGCCUCUUCACUAAGAUGGACGCCCAGCGGACGUAGGGACCCCCUGCCCCCCCAGCUGUUUACACUGGAUAUGAAGGAUCAUCCCCCCCACUGCUGCUGGACGGAGGGCAAGAGACAAAGCUCCAUGGGGGACAUGAAGACGUGGGAUUGGGGGGGGCAGCCCUGCCUGGGUGUGGGGCUGAUCCCGAACCCCUCAGGCCCCAUUGGGACGGAGGGCUUGGACCCCUCCUCUGCACUGCCAUGCCCCAGGGAUAUUCCCAGCGUUUCCCCUCCCCGUGCAGGACUGCAGCUGCAGGCCCUGGCUGGGGUCAGGCUCCCUGCUUUUGGGCUGGGAGGGGGGAUUUGGGGGGGGCUACCUGUGGGGUUGGGGUCCUCCCAGCUGCCGUGGGUGAGAGGCCCUGCAUUUCUUUGCUUCCUGCAUGAGGUGGAUUGAGGGUAAGCCCCGACUGCAGGCUGGGCUGUGUGCCCACGCCGCAUGGCAACCCUGGCAACACGGCCCUCCCGAGGGGCUCCGUGGGUCGAGACUGGGCCGCGCCCAUGGGCCCCACAGGGGCCCUUUCACUGCGCUCCGAGCAUCUCCCCGCACCCAGGGAGUCGGGUCUCGUUUGUAAACGUGGAAUAAAUACAACUGGAAGAGAA